CCCCACAGUCAAGUCUCAGCCAGCCUACUGCAAAGAUGACCUUCACCGUUCUCAUCACUGUCUGGCGCAAGCCUGGAAUGUCGAUGGAGGCAUUCUACGACCACUACGAAAACGUGCACAUGCCCUUGAUCCGCGAGCUGGCCGGCGACAAGAUUCCCAUCAGCCACAACCGCCUCUAUGUGGAGCGCACUGGUACGGAGCUCAAGGAGCGCAUGGUGCAGCCCUCGGAGUGCGGCGAUGGCAUCGACUACGACGCUGUGGCGGAGCUCAACUUUGAGGACGAGGCCCACAACCUCGCCUACUGGAAGGUCCUCUACGCCCCAGAGGCACAGGGAAGGCUGACCGAGGACGAGUACAAGUUCAUGGACCGGUCCAAGCUGCGCAUCGUGUCGAUGUACAAGAAAGAACUGAUGAUUCGCAAUGACUUCCACGCCGGCAAGGACAGCGUCGAAAAGUACUCAUUCCUGCCCCACGGAAAGUUCGCAUGA